AUUGAAAUUAGCAUACCCAUCCAAAUCAAAUGGCAAAUGUAGCACCCUCCGAGGUUUCAUGUUUCCCUCAAAAAAACUUGUGGUCUUUCCAACAUUAAUGGAACAUCUUAAUCCUCCAUUAUAUAUAUACCAUUUUCCCAUCCUUCCUUCCAAUUCAAAUCGUCACCGGCCUUUGGCCAAUUUAUUUGCAGCGGCGACCAUUGGCUAACGUUCCGACCAUGACGACGGCCGUGGGCUCCCUCCUGUUCCUCCUCGCCGUCGCGUCCUUCUCAUCCUCCUCUCAUGCUUUGACGACCGCCGAGGUCGAAUACAUCACCCGCCGCCAGCUCCUCAGUUCCGGCGACUUCGACAUUCCCGAUGACUUCGAGAUCAAGGUCGACGCGAAGCUGAAGUUCGCCAAUGACCGGCAGAAGAAAGCUUACGUGGCGUUACAGGCGUGGAAGGAUGCCAUUUUCUCCGACCCGAAGAAGACGACCGCCAAUUGGGUGGGCCCCGACGUCUGCUCGUACAACGGAGUGUUUUGCGACCACGCGCUCGACGACCCGAAGUCGUGGGUGGUCGCCGGCAUUGACUUGAACCAUGCCGACAUCGCCGGCCACCUCCCGGUGGAGAUCGGGUUGUUGACGGACGUCGCCGUCAUCCACCUGAACUCCAACCGCCUGUGUGGAAUCAUCCCCAAGAGUCUCUCCAAGCUGAAGCUCCUCUACGAGCUCGAUCUCAGCAACAACCGCUUCGUCGAGCCCUUCCCGGACGUCGUUCUCGAAGUCCCAUUGAAGUUCCUUGAUUUGCGGUUUAACGACUUCGAGGGGAAAUUGCCGCCCGGUUUGUUCGACAAGCCGGGCAUGGACGUCAUCUUUUUGAACAACAACCGGUUCGAGUCGAACCUCCCGGAGAAUUUCGGGAAUUCGACCGCCUCGUUGAUCAUCCUUGCGAACAACAAGUUCACCGGAUGCAUUCCGAAGAGCAUCGGGAGAAUGGAGGACAGCCUGGAGCAAAUCCUGGCACUGAACAACGAGUUCUCCGGUUGCUUGCCGGAGGAAAUCACGUUCCUCCGGAACCUGACGGUGUUUGACGUCAGCAAUAACAAGCUCGUCGGAGACUUGCCGGUGGGGUUGGAGUUCAUGCAGAGUGCAGAAAGCAUGGUCUUCUCCAACAACAUGUUCUCCGGCAUCGUCCCGGACACGCUCUGUUCUUUGCCGGAGCUCAAGAACCUCUCAUUCGCCAACAACUAUUUCGAACAAGAGGACGCAUCAUGUGUGCCGCCGCAAGAGGGGAUUGAUCUGAAUGAUUCUGGGAAUUGUUUGGAAGGAAGGCCAGGGCAGAAAUCAGAGAAAGAAUGUCUCCGGGUUUUGAGCAAACCGGUGGAUUGCAGUAAAUCCGGUUGCAGAGGGGCACCUAAAGGAACUGGUCCGAGAUCACAUAAGCAGCAUCACGGCCAUGAAUCUCAUAAAUCGGAGUCACCGAAAGGUUCUUCCUCUUCUUCUCCACCGUCGCCUCCUAAGUCAUCUCCUUCUCCACCGCCUCCUAAGCCUUCUCCCUCUCCAGAGGCUCCGGCUCCGGUGCCUGAGACGGAUUUUACCCCGUCAAUCUCUCUUCCUCCGACUUCCGACAACGAGACUCCAGAAGGCUAUAGCCCAGCCGUGUCUCCUUCACCGGCUUCGGGUGGUGAAGCUCCAACGCCGACACCAGAGUCUCCGAGCCCUUCAAUAUCUGUUGUGUCGGCUUCUAGUCCACGGCAAGAGGUUUCAGCUCCGAGCCCGGAUGCGUCAGGAUUUGCACCUGAAGCUUUUAGUCCGGACUUGAGCCCCAGUGCCCCAACUCUAGCACCAGAUGCUCCCAGUCCGUCAAUCUACAUGGUCCCGGCUUCUAGUCCAGGGGGACCAUCGUUUGCGCCGGAACCAUAUAGCCCGUCAAUCUCUUUGCCUCCAUCUUUUAGUCAGAAAGCUCCAACUCCGGCACCUCAGGGCUCAAACUCUUUUGUCCCAACACCUAGCACGGGCGGGUCUCCAACAUUGGCACCGGAAGGUUCAAGCCCAACCAUCUCUCCAGCACCAGAAGCUCAAAGCCCGUCAAUCUCUCUGGCUCCGGGUUCAAGUCCAGAGGCACAACCGCUCUCACCUGAGGCCGAUAGCCCCUCCAUCCCUCUUGCCCCAACUCCUGAGCCAGGAUAUGAGAGAGCUUCUCCAAGUCCGAGCGCCCAAGCUCCGGAACCAACAAAGGAGAAGCUAACUCCAAGCUCCCCGACUCCCACGCCAGAGCCGGGGAAAGAAAAGCCACCACAUGGCCAUAAAACUCCACCACACAAGAGCAAUAAGCCUUCUAGUCCCGCACCUUCAACUCCUAAACCGCCCCCACCACCAAAACAAGCUCCACCACACAAAUCUACCAAAUCUCCUCCUCCCCCCAAUGCCCCAACUAGUGAACAAACACCACCAACACACAAAGAAACUCCACCACACAAAUCAACCAGAUCUUCUCCUCCACCUCCCCCUGAUGCCCCGGCUAGUGAACAAACACCGCCAGCACCGAAACAAACUCCACCACACAAAUCCACCAAAUCUUCGCACCCACCACCUCCUCCUCCCGAUGCUCCAACUAGUGAACUAACACCGCCAGCACCGAAACAAACUCCACCACACAAAUCGACCAAAUCUUCACACCCACCACCUCCUCCUCAUCACGAAUCAUCGACUAAUGAACCACCACCACCUCCGAAACAAACUCCACCACAUAAACCCAAGUCCUCUCCUCCUCAUCAUGAAUCAACACCACCAACUCCCAAACCACACAAAUCCAAAUCCUCCAACCCUCCUCCUCCCCCACAUCAUUCCCCAACUCAUGAACCAACACCGCCAACUCAUAAACAAACUCCACCACACAAAUCCAAAUCACCUGGCUCUCCGCCACCGCCGCCUCAUGAACCAACACCAUCCACCCAUAAACCAACUUCACCGCCCAAAUCCAAGUCCCCUCCACCACCAGCACCACAUGCCUCCAAGUCAACACCACCAGCUCAUAAUAAACAACCACCAGCCCACUCUUCUCCUCCAGCUCAACCACCGCCAUCACCUACAACUGCUCCACCACCACCAGUGCAAUCCCCACCACCACCACCACCACCACCACCACCAGUGCAAUCCCCACCACCACCAUCACCGGUGCAAUCUCCCCCUCCACCUGUCUUUGAGGACGUAGAACUUCCUCCCAAUUUGGGGUCUAUAUAUGCUUCACCGCCACCACCAAUCUUCCAAGGAUAUUAAGUGGCAAAAUCAGCAGCACAGGUCUUGGCUUCUCCCAAUGGAAAACACAAAGAGCUUGUCGUGCGAAUAUAUACUUAAUCAAGAAAAGUUUUAGUACACU